AUGGCAAACCGGCCCCAGUCGCUUGCGAUGAAUGUAUCAUUCGGAGGUCCAAGUGCUUCAGUACCAAGCAUUGCUGGAGCUCAAGCAAACAAGGAUCGUAAAAUGGCAUCAGCAGAGCACUUGGUGCUGGACCUAAGUAAUCCUGAUCUUCGAGAAAAUGCGCUUCUUGAACUUUCUAAGAACAAGGAGUUAUUUCAAGAUUUGGCUCCUUUUGUGUGGAAUUCUUUUGGUACUAUUGCUGCACUCAUACAGGAGAUAGUUUCAAUUUACCCAGUUCUAUCACCACCAAAUCUGACUGCAGUACAAUCCAAUCGAGUUUGCAAUGCUCUUGCUCUUCUUCAGUGUGUAGCUUCCCACCCAGAUACAAGGAUGUUGUUCCUCAAUGCUCAUAUACCUUUAUAUCUGUAUCCUUUUCUCAAUACAACGAGCAGGUCAAGACCGUUUGAGUACUUAAGGCUUACUAGUUUAGGAGUCAUUGGUGCCCUAGUGAAGGUUGAUGAUACAGAAGUUAUUAGUUUCCUUCUGUCAACAGAAAUAAUUCCACUGUGCCUUCGCACUAUGGAAAUGGGCAGUGAACUGUCAAAAACAGUUGCCACAUUUAUAGUUCAAAAGAUUUUGUUGGAUGAUAUGGGCUUGGACUAUAUUGUACUACAGCAGAGCGGUUUUUUGCAGGCUUGUGAUGCUUUAAGAAAUUGCCUUCCAGAUACGUUAAGAGAGGCUACCUUUAAUAAUUUCCUUUGUGAAGAUCCAACUACAAGGAGGUGGCUGCAACAACUGCUGCAAAACGUUGGAGUGAACCGGCUUCCUGCACUACAGGGUGGGGGAGGAUUUGAUCAUAUGAUGGUGAAUUAA